GGUUGUACGUGCGCCGUUAUCGUGCUGAUAUGCCUACUGAGUCUGUGCAAUGCGGAUGACGUCAUCAUCAACACACGAUUAGGGCAGAUAGUAGGCACGAAAGAGACACACGACCAGGAUGCAGUCUCCGUUUUCUAUAACAUUCCAUUCGCUAAACCGCCUAUUGGAGACCUCCGAUUCGCUAAACCAGAGCCAUUCGGAGCCUGGCCAGGUUCUCUGAAUGCUACUAAGUUUGGAAACCAAUGUAUGCAGAGCGGGGAUCAGUCACCUGGAGUGGAACCAUCUGAAGAUUGUCUGAAUUUAAAUGUAUACGUACCCGGGAAUGUGUCUGAAUCUGUCAAAAAACCUGUGAUGGUUUGGAUUUUCGGAGGUGGAUUUACAAGUGGGUCUGCGCAUUUCUAUGAUUCGAAACCUCUAGCACUACACGGGGGUGUCAUUGUAGUCACUAUUCAAUAUAGACUCGGUAUAUUUGGAUUUUUCUCUCUGGGUACAUCAGAAGCACUGGGUAAUUAUGGUCUCUGGGAUCAAAUGCUCGCGUUGGAGUGGGUUCAUCAGAACAUUGACUCUUUUGGCGGGGACCCGGCGUCCGUGACAAUAUUCGGGGAAUCUGCCGGAGGAGCAAGUGUGUCUCUUCUGUCUCUGAUUCCUAGAAACAAAGACAGAUUUCAUCGAGUGAUCGCUCAAAGUGGUACAAUGACAGCACCAUGGGCACUGACCAAUCCUACAGAAGCUUCAUUUGCAAUUGGAGAAGCAAUCGGUUGUUCAAGAGAUCUCGGAACUGUUGCGUUCGUCCGUUGCAUGCGAAACAUGAAUAGCACUACCCUUUUAGAAAAAUACUAUGAAUAUAUCUACAAAGAUCCCACCGUGUUUCCAUAUACUAUCGACUUUGGACCUGUCCUUGAUGGCGACCUGUUCAAAAUGGCUCCAGAGCGUCUUUUGAAAAACCGUUCAUCUGAAGAAUACGAGUUCUUUUCUUCUUUAGAUUUUAUGACUGGGACAAUGAAAGCGGACGGUAACGAAAUACUACUACUGACUGAAGACCUGCAGAAUAAGUACAACUUCAAUCUAUCUGCAGGUAUAUCAUCUGAAGAAUUUUGUGACAUAUUUGUCCACAGCUUUACUCCAGUUUUCUUCAAGAACAAUUCAUUUAUCUCCAGAAAACUCUGCGAUGAAUAUCAGGUGAUAAACAAUAUUUCUGAACAAAGUCGACAAAUGCUGGAUAUGCACACGGAAUAUUUCUUUGCCUACCCGGCGUUUGUAAGUCUGCAAUCACAUAGUCAAGACAACGUUCACUCGAACACAUUCCACUACGUGUUUGAGUAUGAUGGCGUCUCAUUGAUGUUGCCUUCGCCUCCAUCCUGGUACAUCGGUCCCGGUCAUGCAGAUGAACUGAGUUAUUUGUUUCCUUUCUUUCCUCUCUCGCAGCAGCAGGAUUCGGUAUCGUCUGUGAUGAUGACGUACUGGACGAAUUUCGCCAAACAUGGAGACCCAAACGGUCCUUCCCUUGCUGACUGGCCAGUUUAUGACAAUCAGAGAGAAGCGUACAUGCUUAUAAAGUCCAACCAAUCAGCAAAUAUGAAAUACAAGAAACAUCGGAUGGAGUUCUGGCAAAGAGAUAUUCCUCAUCUGAUUGAGGUAGCACCCACUGGAACGGUCACGAUGGCAACAAAACUUGGUUUAGUCACUGGAAAUAUAAACUACCUUGAUAAUGAUUACAAUAAAAAAGUGUUAACAUUUUACAAUAUUCCAUUCGCCAAGCCUCCUGUAGGAGAUCUCCGAUUCGUCAAACCAGAGCCAUAUGGACGCUGGACAGGUACCCUGAACGCUACGGUUUUUGGGAACCAAUGCAUGCAACUCAUGGAUCCAAAUUAUCCUCCAGGAGUAGAAACCUCGGAGGAUUGUCUUAAUUUGAAUAUAUAUGUACCCGGGGACGUAUCUACGUCAGUGAAGAAACCAGUGAUGGUGUGGAUAUAUGGGGGCGGAUUCACGAUCGGCUCGGCUCAUUUGUACGAUUCAAAAGCAUUGGCACAACGAGGAGAUGUCAUCGUAGUCACUAUUCAAUAUAGACUCGGUAUCUUUGGAUUCCUCUCCCUAGGUACAUCAGAAGCACUGGGUAAUUAUGGUCUGUGGGAUCAAAUGCUCGCGUUGGAGUGGGUUCACCAGAACAUUGACUCUUUUGGCGGGGACCCGGCGUCCGUGACAAUAUUCGGGGAAUCUGCCGGAGGAGCAAGUGUGUCUCUUCUGUCUCUGAUUCCUAGAAACAAAGACAGAUUUCAUCGAGUGAUCGCUCAAAGUGGUACAAUGACAGCACCAUGGGCACUGACCAAUCCUACAGAAGCUUCAUUUGCGAUAGGUGAACUAACUGGGUGUCCAAAGAAUCAAAGCGUUCCUGCAUUCGUCCGUUGCUUGCGCAAUGCAAAUGCCAACACGCUUUUGAAUAAUUAUUUGGGAUAUGUCUACAGAGAUCCUUAUGCAUUUCCUUUUGUUGCCACCGUAAUGGGCCCUGUUGUUGAUGGCGAUCUAUUCAAAAUGGCACCGGGAAUUCUUCUGAAAAACUAUUCAUGUGAAGAGUAUCAGUUCUUCGCUUCUUUGGACUACAUGACGGGAAUAUUGAAAUCAGAUGGUAGUUUCAUAGCACUUGCAAUGAAUGAAGUCUUUCAAAAGCAUUACGGUUUCAAUUUAACUACAGGCAUAUCAUCCGAUGAGUUUUGUGACAUAAUCGUAAAUGCCUUUACUCGUUAUUUAUUCAGGAAUAAUUCUUUCAUCUCCAGAAAAAUCUGUAACGAAUACCAAGUGAACGGCAAUGUAUCUGAGCAGAGUCGUCAAAUGGUGGAUCUGUUUACAGAUUUUCUCUUUGCGUAUCCUGCAUUUGAAAGUCUUCACCACCAUAGCCAAGAUAACUUCCAAUCAAACACGUUUCACUACGUAUUUGAAUUGAAUGCGCCGUCGGUGAUAAAUGUAUUGCCCCCUGCCUGGUACAUCGGUCCUGGUCAUACAGAUGAAUUGAGUUAUUUCUUUCCGCUCAGUCCUCUAUCAUCAGAACAGCAGAAAGUUUCCUCUGCCAUGAUGGCGUACUGGACGAACUUUGCAUACAAUGGGGACCCAAACGAUCGUUCACAUACCAGGUGGCCGCCAUAUGACAAUGAGAAGGAAAUUUACAUGGCUAUAAACUACAACCUAUCAGCAGAAGUGAAGUACAAGGAACGUCGGAUGGAGUUUUGGCAAAGAGAUAUACCAUAUUUAGAGGAAUCAGCUCCCACAGGAACUAUCACGAUCCCCACAAAGCUUGGUCUGAUCACCGGUAACAUGAACUAUCUGAAUAAUGAUUAUCGUAAAAAAGUGUUAACAUUUUACAAUAUUCCAUUCGCCAAGCCGCCUGUAGGAGAUCUCCGAUUCGCCAAACCAGAGCCAUAUGGACGUUGGACAGGUACCCUGAACGCUACGGUUUUUGGGAAUCAAUGCAUGCAGAUCGUGUAUCCGAAUUAUCCUCCAGGAGUAGAAACCUCGGAGGAUUGUCUUAAUUUGAAUAUAUAUGUACCCGGGGAUGUAUCUACGUCAGUGAAGAAACCAGUGAUGGUGUGGAUAUUUGGGGGUGGAUUCACGAUCGGAUCGGCUCAUUUUUAUGAUUCAAGAGCAUUGGCACAACGAGGAAAUGUCAUCGUAGUCACUAUUCAAUAUAGACUCGGUAUCUUUGGAUUCCUGUCUCUAGGUACAUCAGAAGCACAGGGUAAUUAUGGUAUCUGGGAUCAGAUGCUCGCGUUGGAAUGGGUUCAUCAGAACAUUGACUCUUUUGGCGGGGACCCGGCGUCCGUGACAAUAUUCGGGGAAUCUGCCGGAGGAGCAAGUGUGUCUCUUCUGUCUCUGAUUCCUAGAAACAAAGACAGAUUUCAUCGAGUGAUCGCUCAAAGUGGUACAAUGACAGCACCAUGGGCACUGACCAAUCCUACAGAAGCUUCAUUUGCGAUAGGUGAACUAACUGGGUGUCCAAAGAAUCAAAGCGUUCCUGCAUUCGCCCGUUGCUUGCGCAAUGUAAAUGCCAACACGCUUUUGAAUAAUUAUUUGGGAUAUGCCAACAGAGAUCCGUACGCAUUUCCUUUUGUUAUCACUGAAAUCGGCCCUGCUGUUGAUGGUGAUUUAUUCAAAAUGACACCGGAACUCCUUCUGAAAAAUUACUCAUGUGAAGAGUAUCAGUUCUUCGCUUCUUUGGACUACAUGACGGGAACGUUGAAAUCAGACGGUGAUCUUAUACCGCUUGCAAUGAACGAAGUCUUACAAAAGCAUUACGGUUUCAAUUUAACUACAGGCAUAUCAUCCGAUGAGUUUUGUGACAUAAUCGUAAAUGCGUUUACUCGUGAUUUCUUCAGAAAUAAUUCUUUCAUCUCCAGAAAAAUCUGUAGUGAAUACCAGGUGAAAGACAAUGUAUCUGAGCAGAGUCGUCAAAUGGUGGAUCUGUUUACAGAUUUUCUCUUUGCGUAUCCUGCAUUUGAAAGUCUUCACCACCAUAGCCAAGAUAACUUUCAAUCAAACACGUUUCACUAUGUGUUUGAGUUGAAUGGACCAUCAUUUAUGAAUGCACCGCUCCCUGCCUGGCACAUCGGUCCCGGCCAUGCAGAUGAAUUGAGUUAUUUCUUUCCGUUCAGUCCUCUAUCAUCAGAACAGCAGAAAGUUUCCUCUGUCAUGACGGCGUACUGGACGAACUUUGCUUACAAUGGGGACCCGAACGAUCGUUCACAUACCAGGUGGCCGCCAUAUGACAAUGAGAAAGAAAUUUACAUGGCGAUAAACUACAACCUAUCAACAGAAGUGAAGUACAGGGAACGUCGGAUGGAGUUCUGGCAAAGAGAUAUACUAUAUUUAGAGGAAUCAGCUCCCACAGGAACUAUCACGAUCCCCACAAAGCUUGGUCUGAUCACCGGUAACAUAAACUAUCUGAAUAAUGAUUAUCGUAAAAAAGUGUUAACAUUUUACAAUAUUCCAUUCGCCAAGCCGCCUGUAGGAGAUCUCCGAUUCGCCAAACCAGAGCCAUAUGGACGCUGGACAGGUACUCUGAACGCUACGGUUUGGGGGAAUCAAUGUAUGCAGCCUGUUGAUCCAAAUUAUCCUCCAGGAGUAGAAACCUCGGAGGAUUGUCUUAAUUUGAAUAUAUAUGUACCCGGGGAUGUAUCUACGUCAGUGAAGAAACCAGUGAUGGUGUGGAUAUAUGGGGGCGGAUUCAUCAGCGGAUCGUCUCAUUUUUACGAAUCAAGAGCACUGGCACUACAAGGCAGUGUUAUAGUAGUCACUAUUCAAUAUAGACUCGGAAUCUUUGGAUUCUUCUCUCUUGGUACAUCCGACGCACUGGGUAACUGUGGUCUGUGGGAUCAAAUGAUUGCGUUGGAGUGGGUUCACCAGAACAUUGACUCUUUUGGCGGGGACCCGGCGUCCGUGACAAUAUUCGGGGAAUCUGCGGGAGGAGCAAGUGUGUCUCUUCUGUCUCUGAUUCCUAGAAACAAAGACAGAUUUCAUCGAGUGAUCGCUCAAAGUGGUACAAUGACAGCACCAUGGGCACUGACAAAUGCUACAGAAGCUUCCUUUGCGAUAGGUGAACUAACGGGGUGUCCAAAGAAUCAAAGCGUUUCUGCAUUCGUACAUUGCUUGCGGAAUGCAAAUGCCAACACGCUUUUGAAUAAUUAUUUGGGAUUUGUUUAUAGAGAUCCCUAUGUAUUUCCUUAUGUUGUGGAAAUCGGCCCUGUUGUUGAUGGUGAUCUAUUCAAAAUGACACCGGAAAUCCUUCUGAAAAACUAUUCAUGUGAAGAGUAUAAGUUUUUCGCUUCUUUGGACUACAUGACGGGAACGUUGAAAUCAGAUGGUAGUCUCAUACCAGUUGCAAUGAAUGAAGUCUUUCAAAAGCAUUAUGGGUUCAAUUUAACUACAGGCAUAUCAUCCGAUGAGUUUUGUGACAUAAUCGUAAAUGCCUUUACUCGCGAUUUUUUCAAAAAUAACUCUUUCAUCUCCAAAAAAAUAUGUAGUGAAUACCAGGUAAAAGGCAAUGUAUCUGAGCAGAGUCGUCAAAUGGUGGAUCUGUUUACAGAUUUUCUCUUUGCGUAUCCUGCAUUUGAAAGUCUUCACCACCAUAGCCAAGAUAACUUCCAAUCAAACACGUUCCACUACGUAUUUGAGUUGAAUGGACCAUCGCUGAUGUAUGCACUGCCCCCUGCCUGGUACAUCGGUCCUGGACAUGCAGAUGAAUUGAGUUAUUUCUUUCCGUUCAGUCCUCUAUCAUCAGAACAGCAGAAAGUUUCCUCUAUCAUGAUGGCGUACUGGACGAACUUUGUUUACAAUGGUGACCCGAACGAUCGUUCACAUACCAGGUGGCCACCAUAUGACAAUGAGAAGGAAAUUUACAUGGCAAUAAACUACAACCUAUCAGCAGAAGUGAAAUACAAGGAACGUCGGAUGGAGUUCUGGCAAAGAGAUAUACCAUAUUUAGAGGAAUCAGCUCCCACAGGAACUAUCACGAUCCCGACAAAGCUUGGUCUGAUUACCGGUAACAUGAACUAUCUGAAUAAUGACUAUCGUAAAAAAGUUUUAACAUUUUACAAUAUUCCAUUCGCAAAACCACCAGUAGGAGCUCUCCGAUUCGCUAAGCCAAUACCCUAUGGAGGAUGGACUGGGAUUCAUAAUGCCACAGUGUUUGGAAAUCAAUGCAUGCAGCCUAGUGAUCCCCUGUUACUACUGCCGGGGGUAAAAUCCUCUGAAGAUUGUCUAAAACUCAACAUCUUCGUGCCUAAUAAUAUAUCCACUUCUGUAAAGAAACCAGUUAUGGUUUGGAUACACGGAGGUGGAUUCGCAAGUGGAUCAACACAUAUUUACGAUUCCAGACAUCUGGCACUACAAGGGGAUGUUAUUGUUGUCACCAUUCAAUAUAGACUCGGAAUCUUUGGAUUCCUCUCUCUAGGUACAUCAGAAGCAUUGGGUAAUUAUGGUCUGUGGGAUCAAAUGCUCGCUUUGGAGUGGGUUCAUCAGAACAUUGACUCUUUUGGCGGGGACCCGGCGUCCGUGACAAUAUUCGGGGAAUCUGCGGGAGGAGCAAGUGUGUCCCUUCUGUCUCUGAUUCCUAGAAACAAAGACAGAUUUCAUCGAGUGAUCGCUCAAAGUGGUACAAUGACAGCACCAGGGGCACUGAUAAAUGCUACGGCAGCCUCAUAUGCGAUAGGAGAAAAAGCAGGUUGUGCAAAAAAUCUAGAAACAUCUGCAUUUAUGAAUUGCUUGCGAACUUCAAAUGCAAACACGCUUUUAAGGCACUAUUUGGAAUAUUUCUCCAGAAAUCCAAAUGCAUUUGUUUAUAGUCCGGAAUUCGGGCCGGUUAUUGAUGGUGAAUUGAUCAAAACUGCACCUAAAAUCCUCCUUAAAAACUCUUCAUCCGAAGAGUAUAAGUUUUUCUCUUCUUUAGACUUCAUUGCAGGGACUAUGAAGGCAGAUGGAAAUGUAAUGCUGUAUGCUAUGUUUGAACCCUUACAGAAGUAUUACGGUUUCAAUGUAACCACUGGUGUAUCGUCCGACGAGUUUUGUGACAUACUUAUUCCUCCUUUUGUCAACAUCUUCUUCCAAAACAAUUCUGUAGUCUCCAGACAUAUCUGCGAUGAAUACCAGGUGGAAAACAAUGUUUCAGAGCAGACCCGGCAAAUUAUGGAUAUGUACACUGAUUUUUUCUAUGCUUAUCCGGCGUUUGAAAGCCUGCGUUCUCAUAGUCAGGACAACGUUUAUUCAAGUACAUUUCACUAUGUAUUUGAAUUCGAUGGAAGAUCGCUUCUCUUUCCUUCGCCUCCCUCUUGGUACAUCGGUCCUGGUCAUGGAGAUGAAGUGAAUUAUUUCUUUCAUAUAUUCCCAUUAUCAGAGGAAGAAAACCAUGUGUCUUCCCUCAUUAUGGAAUACUGGACAAAUUUUGCUAGACAUGGGGAUCCAAAUGGGCCUUCGCUUACACCAUGGGAGGAGUACGAUAAUCAGAAGAGAGCUCACCUGAUAAUAGAUACCAACCAGUCUACAGCCUUGAGAUACAAGGAACAGCGGAUGUACUUUUGGGAAAGAGACAUUCCUCUUUUGAUGAGACCAGCACCAGCAGAAACUGUUACAAUCCCAACAAGACUUGGUGUAGUAACUGGUAAAAUAAACUAUGUCGAUAAUGAUUACAGCAAAAAAGUUCUGACUUUUUACAAUAUUCCUUUUGCUAAACCGCCUGUUGGAGAUCUUCGAUUCAGAAAACCCGUUCCUCAUGGAGGCUGGACUGGUACAUUGAAUGCUACAGCAUUCGGGAACCAAUGCAUGCAAGCAGUAAAUCCUAAUUACCAAUUACCAGGAGUGGUCCCCUCAGAAGACUGCUUAAUUCUCAAUAUUUAUGUCCCAAACAAUGUGUCUAUGUCUGCGAAGAAAUCUGUCUUGGUAUGGGUGCAUGGCGGCGGAUUCAGGAGUGACUCUGCACAUAUAUAUGAUUCAAGACACCUGGCACUACAAGGGGAUGUUAUUGUUGUCACCAUUCAAUAUAGACUCGGUAUCUUUGGAUUCCUGUCUCUAGGUACAUCAGAAGCACUGGGUAAUUAUGGUAUCUGGGAUCAAAUGCUUGCGUUGGAGUGGGUUCACCAGAACAUUGACUCUUUUGGCGGGGACCCAACGUCCGUGACAAUAUUUGGGGAGUCUGCCGGUGGAGCAAGCGUGUCCCUUCUGUCGUUGAUUCCUAGAAACAGAAAUAGAUUCCAUCGUGUGAUCGCACAGAGUGGCGUUUUGACGGCACCGUGGGCGAUGUCCAAUGUUACAGGAGCGUCACACGCGAUAGGUGAAAUGUCGGGGUGUUCAAAAACUCUACAAACUGCAGCCUUUGUCCGUUGCUUGCAAAGUCUAAGUCCCACCACACUUCUAAAUAACUUUUUGCGAUAUACCUACCGAAAUCCCACCGCAUUCCCCUCCGUUGCAGAGAAUGGGCCUGUUAUUGAUGGAGAGUUGUUUAGGUUAUCACCAGGGAGCCUUCUUAAAAACUAUUCAAGCGAGGAAUAUCAAUUUUUCUCUUCAUUGGAUUUUAUGACAGGUUCAGUCAGAGCGGAUGGCAAUAUAGUGUUAGUUGCAAUAUCUGAGUUUUUCCAAAAAAAUAAUGGUGUUAAUUUAACUACCGGAAUUUCAUCCGAUGAAUUCUGCACCGUGUUUGCCCUGCCAUUCACAUCAGUUUACUUUAAAAACAAUUCAUUGAUUUAUGAAACAAUCUGCGAAAAAUACCAAAUCAAAAAUAAUAUUUCGCAGCAGAGUCGUCAGAUGAUUGACAUGUACACAGAUUUUCUCUUUGCUUAUCCAGCAUUUGAAAGCCUCCGCCUUCAUAGUCACGAUAAUAUUCAGUCCAACACAUUUCAUUAUGCGUUUGAAUUGAACUUGGAAUCGACGUUACCAGUCUCACCUCCCCCUUGGUAUAUAGGGCCUGGCCACGGAGAUGAUUUAGUCUGUUUAUUUCCAUUCACUCCUCUUUCUGCACAGAAGGAACACGUGUGCUCUACCAUGAGACACUACUGGAUUAACUUUGCAAAAACUGGCAAUCCCAACGAUCCAUUGUUACCAUUUUGGCCAACAUUUGACACCAAUAAACAGGCUUAUUUAUUAUUUGAUGACAAUCCAACAGUACAGAUGAAAUACGAGGAGGAUCGCAUGAAACUUUGGAUAGACGAUAUACCCAGAAUUACAGAAAGCACAUCCGUUUCCGGUACAGUUGUUCAAACUCUUGUGGGCAAAAUUCGGGGGAUAGAAAGAGUUCUACCAGAGAAACCGAACAACAGGGUGUUUGUAUUCUAUAACAUCCCAUUUGCCAAGUCGCCUGUAGGGGAUUUGAGAUUUGCUAAACCUGUGUCUUAUGGUAGAUUUAACAGUAUGUACAAUGCAACAACACUUGGUAGCGCUUGUUUACAACCACCAGUUUAUACAGACAUUGAAAAGUAUAGUGAGGAUUGCUUACAGCUUAAUAUAUAUGUACCUCACAAUAUCUCCACAUCAAACAAGAGAUCGGUGAUGGUGUGGAUUCAUGGAGGCGGAUACGCGCUGGGAUCCGCCGUUCAAAAUGACGGAUCCAUCCUGGCUACUAAAGGAAACGUUAUUGUGGUGACUGUGAAUUACCGUCUUGGUGUGUUUGGUUUCUUCAGCUUGAAUGACAGUACAUCGAAAGGUAACUAUGGACUAUGGGAUCAAAUUUUAGCUUUACAAUGGGUGAAAAACAACAUCGCAUCUUUUGGCGGAAAUCCGAACUCCAUUACAAUAUUUGGGGAAUCGGCUGGAGGCUUCAGUGUAUCGCUUCUCUCUCUUAUACCACAGAAUCAAGGACUCUUUCACAGAGUUAUUGCUCAGAGUGGAACAGCUCUCGCUCCUAUUGCUCUUGGCGACUCUCGUCCCGGCACAAUCGAGAUUGGCAAAUUAUCUCAAUGUGAACAUAAUUCUGAUAGUGUGAAAUUUAUCAGCUGCAUGCGUAAUAUAUCUGCCGAGGACCUAUCAAAGCAUUAUUUGACUUUUGUAUUAAGGAAUCCUAAAAAAUUAGCACCCAGUAUCGAUUUCAUGCCAGGCAUUGACAAUGAACUUUUCCGAAAAACACCGUCCGACAUAUUCAAAAACACUUCAUCCCAGGAGUUUAAUUUCUUUUCCUCCUUAGAUCUGAUAUCUGGUGUUAUGAAGGAGGAAGGAUCUGUUCUAUUUGACUACAUCACUCCCGAUAUACAGACACAUUACAACUUUAAUCUGAGCGUUGGCAUACCAACUGAGUUCGUUUGCAACUUUUACAUCCCCGCAGUUAUUGAUUUCGUCCACCUCCCGGGAAACCAACAGUUGAUAAAAUCUGCAGCGUGUGAUGAAUAUAAAGAUAUCAGAUCCCAGGCACACCAGGCGAGACAAACACUGAAUUUCAUUGCAGACUUGCUAUUCACUGUACCUAUGGUGAACGUGCUGGAUGCUCACAGUUCCAAAAAUUUGCACGCCAGGACUUUCCAGUAUCUUGUGACUCAAGACUACCCCUACCCAUACUACGCGUAUCCCAGUUGGUUCAAAGGUCCAGCUCACGGAGAUGAUGUUGGUUUUAUAUUCCAAUUUUACACUCCGCCCAAAGAUGGUUUGCAAGAGUAUUUAGCAGUAUCCGAUGAAAUGAUUUCCUACUGGAGUAAUUUUGCAAAAAAUGGUGACCCCAAUGACAAUUCUAUGGUGAGAUGGCCAGCCUACAACUCGGAGAGCAGAAGCUAUAUAAUCCUGGACACAGGCACCAAACCCGAGUUAAGAUACGCCGACUCCAGGGUCAAGUUCUGGACAGAAGAUCUGCCUGACAGACUAACACAGAAACCCACAACUACACCAGAGACGUUUAUAAGGGACAAUUCCGCAAAAGGCAUUCAACAGGGAGGCUUAGUGUUGUUUAUUCUUGUCCAGUGUCUCAGAACACUCAUAUUGUGAGGAAACUAAAGUUGUCUUCUUUUCUCUCAAUUUAUUCACAAUGUUUCAGAAUAGUUAUACGGAACAAUUUCACAGAAUGAAAAGUUACAGGAUUUUAUCAAAUUCUUAUAAAGGCAUAGUAAUCUGUACUGGGUUUCUGUAUCAUUACAUUCAUUGUAUUUUACACCUGUCUACAGUUAUACCUUAUUCAUUCUGUACACUAGCCCUGUUAUAAUAUAUACAUAUACCUUAUUGUGUACAUUAGUCGUAUUAUAAUAUAUACAUAUACCUUAUUCAUUCUGUACAUUAGCCCUGUUAUAAUAUAUACAUAUACCUUAUUGUGUACAUUAGUCGUGUUAUAAUAUAUACAUAUAUCUUAUUCAUUUUGUACAUUAGCCCUGUUAUAAUAUAUACAUUUACCUUUAUAUUUCUGCAAUAUUAAUAUCAACAUGUAUACAUUAUGCACUUUCAUCCUGUAUGUAUCUACAUAAUUAUACUGUACACAAUUCUCGUAUAAAUUAUGAAAUAGGAAUCUUGUAAUUGAUAUACAUAGUUUGAUAUAGCUUGUAAGUGACGCAGUCUGUUGUUCCUGUGGAUUCAGUUAUUAUAUUAAUGUACAGCUUCAAAUUCGUCCGUGUGUGUGUAAUGGACUAUGUUUCUGUGUGUACAAUGGACUAUGCUUCUGUGUGGAUCUGUGUGUAUAAUAGGCUAUGUGUCUGUGUGGAUCUGUGUGUGUAUAAUGGACUAUGUGUCUGUGUGUAUAAUGGACUAUGUGUCUGUGUGUAUAAUGGACUAUGUUUCUGUGUGGAUCUGUGUGUGUAUAAUGGACUAUGUUUCUGUGUGUACUGGAUUAUGUUUCUGUGUGGAUCUGUGUGUGUAUAGUGGACUAUGUUUCUGUGUGGAUCUGUUGGUGUAUAAUGGACUAGGUCUCUGUGUGUGCAUAAUGGACUAUGUUUCUGUGUCGAUAUGUGUAUAUAAUUGACUAUGUUUCUGUGUGUUUGUGUGUGUAUACAAUGGACUAUGUUUCUGUGUGGAUCUGUGUGUAUACAAUGGACUAUGUUUCUGUGUGGAUCUGUGUGUGUAUAAUGGACUAGGUUUCUGUGUACAUGUGUGUAAUGGACUAUGUUUCUGUGUGUUUCUGUGUGUAUACAAUGGAUUAUGUUUCUGUGUGGAUCUGUGUGUAUAAUGGACUAGGUUUCUGUGUGGAUAUGUGUGUAUACAAUGGAUUAUGUUUCUGUGUGGACCUGUGUGUGUAUAAUGGACUAUGUUUCUGUGUGGAUACGUGUAUAUAGUGGACUAUGUUUCUGUGUGGAUAUGUGUAUAUAGUGGACUAUGUUUCUGUGUGGAUAUGUGUGUAUAAUGGACUAUUUUUCUGUGUUGAUCUGUUUGUAUAAUGGACUAUUUUUCUGUGUUGAUCUGUGUGUAUAAUGGACUAUGUUUCUGUGUGAUGUUACUUCACUGAGUACAAUUCUAUUUCUUAAUAGUAUUAUAUCUCAUUAAAUCUUCUGUCUAAGCUGAUAACAUUACGAACAACCAAA